AUGGCGAUACGAAAAUUCGAAACGGACUGUGUCCUAACAAAUCCACACAUAGAGCUCUACGAUAAAACUAUAGAAUGUACAAGCGAUUCGUUGUACGGAGCUAAGAAAAAAACAUUCACAUUGUUUAACGCAAAAUUUUCCGAAAACGGUACUAUCGUGAGACGGAAAAAACAAAAAAUCGAAACGUUGGCGACGACUUCUGGAACAAACAGUGCGAUAAACACAACGGCUGUAAGUUAUAACAGCGAUACGGAGGACGGUGAAUCUUACGACGACGACGACGACGACGACGACUAUAACGGAGGCGACAGCGAGGGAGAUGAUGACUGUGAUGACUAUAAUUCCGACGACGACGACGCCGAUGAAUUACCUAUAUUAGAACGAAAUUUAUUAUUUGAAGAUUUACAAUUAAAUUAUUCCAACAUAGUUAACGAUCGGCAUACGGAAAAAAUAAAGAGAAAACGUAUAAAAAGAAAAAUAUUAGCUCCAUCGGUAGUGUCGUUGAUAUCGAAAUGUUCGAAAAAAGUUUUAAAUAAUAUGCACAUUAUUAUUAUUUGUGGAUUAAAUUAA